UCCAAUUGGACUUCGAAAACAUACUGAACUCAAAAUAAUAAAAUACAAAAAUUCUAUAAUUUCCUUUUUUUAAAUCAUUUUUAUAUACUGAAUUUAUUGAAAUUCAAACAAACAAACAGAAAAGAAAACAAACUCGAUAUUAUAACGUAAAAUGUAAAAACUAACAAAAUCUAAUACAAAACAGGAUUCACAACAACAGAUGAGAUAAUACAAAGUAGACACAAAUUAUAAAUACGCAAAAGAAAAUUUCACGAAUUCCUUAAGAGACAUAAACCAAAAGACAAAGUGUAUAUCGUAGAAAUUAAAAAAAAUUGAAAUAAAAGUAAAUUCAUUUAAUUUGGAAAACCAUCAUUUUUAUUUUAUUUCACCUCAAACAUCCCCAUCAGUCUUACUUAAACAUUACAAUUUAUUCAUCUGAUUUGUCUGUUUCAAAACAAGCGAAAAAAAGCGCACACGCACACAUAGAGAACGGAAACACUUGACAAAUAAAUUACAUUUCAAUCUUCGACAAAGUAAUAGGUGCAUAUCGAUUUUGACAUUUUUUUGAGAUUAAAAACGAAUUGUGUUACACACAAGACAAAACCUAUUAUAUAAAAUUGUCAUUGUAAUCCGAAUUGAAAAAUUUGAUUUAUCACAUAAAACUCAAGGCCAAACCAAAUUAUGUGGAGUGAGGAAUAUAUUCUACAUUCAGUAUUUCCAAGUUUUUUACUAUAAAUGUGAUUUAUUUGAUUUUUCAAUCAAAUGGAGAGAUUUAACAACCAAUUGUGAAAAAUUUUAUAUUGUAAAAAAAGGAUUUACACUGCGAUUGAGCACAAUCGUAUGCUGACUUAAUUAUCCAAUAAUCGAUUCGUCAAUUGUAUAGAUGAACAACAAAAAUCGGUGUAAUAUUCAUUAAUUUGUAUUUGCAAGCAUCGUAAACUCUUAAAUUGUUCCAGCAUAUUGAUGCACGUCAAACAAAUAACAAUAAGAAAACUUAAUUAAAUAAAUAAAUUAUCCAAAAAAAAAGUUGGAAGAUUCGAUUAGUAUCUAAUUGAUAACUGUCAAUCCUUUGACAUUCAAAUAAACUUCAGAGAAUAAAUUACCAACCGCCUAUCGGAAAUAACGAAAUACUUAAAGUUAAUCCAAUGCAUUUACGUUUUAAACGUGAAAACCAAAGAAAACAUCACCUUUUACAUAAAAAAUGUCUUUACCCCGUGAAUACCGGAGUCAGGCAACACGGGGGACAUUCGAUGAAAAGUUCCAAUCAUCCGCAUUCAGUAUACACGAUUCAAGCAAAUCAUCGAUUAAGCAAUGCGAGCAGAUGCCAUCAGUUCCACCCGAUGUGGCUGUAUUCAAUGAAUUCAAUACAACCGGAUCGUUGUGUUCCAUUCAUUCAGCGCCACAGGUGCAAAUUGUCGAUUCAAUCAACGUCAAUAGCGAAAUUGUUGCGGGACAAGGGGACGGAAAUGGUCAAUGGCAACAAAAUCUAUCGACAAAAUCCGUUUUUCUCGAGCUAAUUGGUAACAAGCGCACCAGCGAAAUUGACGAGGACGAUAAUGAUAAUUUGUUGACCGUAUCAAGCGUUACUGCUAGACCAUUGAUAGCAAAGUCACGAGAACUGAGAUGUGGCAAGUUUUCAAAUCGAUUGAAUCGACGAAAAGAAAUCAGCAGCGACAAUGAUACAACAACACCUUUGGACGGUGGUUAUGGCUGGUGUGUCGUAUUUGGCGCUUUUAGCGUACAAUUUUGGGUGGCCGGCCUCGUCAAAUCAUAUGGUGUAUUAUUUGUGGAAAUUCUGGAAAUUUUUCCAACAAAUACAACAGCCGUUGCAUCCUGGAUACCUGCCAUUUUAUCAGCAUUAUGCUUAGCAUUGGCACCUUUAUCCAGUGCAUUAUGUCAGCGAUUUUCUUGUCGUACAGUUGUAUUUAUUGGCGGACUUUUCUGCGCUUGCGGUCUUAUGUUGAGCUAUUUUGCGACAAGUCUUUAUCACCUCCUUUUUACAUUCGGCAUUUUAACAGGCAUAGGAGGUGGACUUUCAACUACACCUGGAAUCAUAAUUGUUUCAUUGUACUUCAAUAAACGGCGAGCGCUCGCCAAUGGGAUUUGUGUAUCGGGAACAGCAGCCGGCAGUUUUGUAUUUCCCAUUCUGAUCGAGUGUCUCAUUCAUAAAUUUGGAUUUCAUGGAACGCUGCUGUUACUUGGUGCCGGUAUGCUGCAUGUUUGCGUUUCAGCAUCAUUAUAUCGACCGCUCGAUACAAACUGUUCUGAAUCGGUAAAGUCGACAAAAUGCGAGAAUAGCAGCAAUUCAACGGCCACCAAUUUAACACUUUUAACAUCAACAAAUGGUGAUGCCAAACGAUACAUUGAACAUUUGUUCAUGAUGGAAGAAUCAAAGAAUCGUCUCAACGAUCUUUAUAACACAAAUAAACUUGAAAAAAAAUACGAAAAUCGAACAUUUUCAGGAGCUCUUAACGACAAUAAUGGUAAUACAAAUGAAGGCGAUGAUGAAUACACGGAUACAAUGGGAGAGUCCAAAUUUACAAAGUUUCGACCCAUUUCGGCCAUUCGACCAACACGAAGUUCAUCAAUACUUCAUUCCGUUGAGGACUUAAGUACCGACUCAACCUGUGUCUAUAAGGCAAGAAGCGGUUAUGAUUCAAAUCGCGGCAGUAGACGACGCAUCACUACACAAAAGUUUGGCAAUCGUCUUAGCAAUGACGAAAUACCUGACAAACAAACGCUCAACAGUUUAUUCGAUCAAAAUACAAUGUCAACCAUUCAAGCGUCAAACAAUCGUGGUCUCAGCAAAAGUAUGAUUCUACCGACACCAGUCAGUGAUCUAUCCGAAUCGGAUGACAUUCGUGAACUGAAACGACCAAAAACAUUAUGCGAAAAAAUUCAGAGGUAUAUUGAUGUAACUUUACUGAAAGACGCAACAUUCAUCGGAAUGUGUUUAUCCGUGACGCUAAUGUCGGUUGGAUGCCCAUACAUGUUAUAUUUCUUACCCGCGUAUGCGAUAUCAGCAGGUUUUACAAAGAAAGAAGCUGGCUUGUUGGUUGCUAUAAGUGCUGUUCUAGAUUUGGUGGGUCGACUUGGUUUCGGUUAUUUGUCGGAUCUACAGAUUUUCGAUAGGAAAAAAGCGUUUAUUGUAUGCAUUUUGGGAGCUGGUCUCGCAGUUUUAUCGAUUCCAUUCGAAAAUCACUCAUACUUGGUUGGAUUUUCAUCGGCAACAUAUGGCCUGUGUCUUGGAUGCUGGUAUUUACUAGUUCCUGUUUUAUUGGCCGAUCUAUUUGGAACCGAACGCAUUAGUUCGAGCUAUGGACUCGUUCGGAUGUUUCAGAGUGUCGGUGCAAUAUCUGUACCACCAUUGGCAGGUUACUUAAAAGAUCUAACCGGUGGAUAUGAUACGUGCUUUUACUGUAUGGGCGCAUGCAUGGUGUUGGGCGCAGUACCGUUAAUAGUUUUAACCGUGCUCGAACCCAGCAGUGAUACAACGCCCAAUUCAGAUGAAAGUGACGUUUCGACUGUAUCCAAUUAGCAUAAAAUAAAAAAUGUUAGCCUCUAAAUGUAAUCCAAAAAGACAUAUUUUUCCAUCAAUUGUUUCUGAUUUAAAUAUUAGUUAUUUACACAAAUUACAAACAAAAUCUCAUUUCGGGUUAGUUGUAAAUGAAAUUAGGAUUUGAUUAAUUACAAACCAAAAUUCGCAUAGUAUUCAUCAUGACUUUUUUUUUUGUCGUUUAUAUAAUAAUAUA